GACAAACGGUAGCAAAUUAAAUGGAUGUAACUUAGCGCCACUUGACUAGGUGUCGUGCUCUUAUUGAGAAAAUACGCUCAAAUUGUUUCUGCUUUAUUUUGAAGUCCUUUCCGGAAACGCUCCAUUUACCGGGGUCGGUUGACAGCGCUAGCAGGAAUGGCGGCCAUGGUCACCAAAGAAAGGAACCGAAAGAGCCCGAAACUUUACUUCUAACGGGCCCUGCAGAAUAUUUUUUAUUUUUAUUUUUUAAAUCUCUGACGAAACGCAAGAACCCCUUCUUUGUCGUGACCAAAAGGGAGAUAACGUGAGAUACUUGAGUUCGACUUGCUGGUUAGCCUUUAUCGGUAGUGGCCGCCGACUUCGAUAGAGGAUAUAGCGGCUAACUAGCCAGCUGUUGGCUCCUUGGCCCAACAAGUUAACUAAGUGAAUAAGUGUGUUAAAGCCUUCCUUAUUUAUCGUCCAACCCCGACCCUUCUCGUUAUAAACAGUCAGAGUUCGGCGACGCGCAGGGCAGCAACUUGUCAUCGCCACUUGACAACAUAAUUAGUGCUAAUCUUCGACGCUAGCUCCAAGCUAAGUUGCGCUCCCUGAACUGUCGCCCUUUUUCGGAUCCUCACAGCCCGCUUGUCCGCUCUCGGAGGUGCGAUGGAAAGUCUAACACUCAGCGACGUCGAGCAGAAAUAUUACUCGGAUUUGUUCGUUUACUGCGACACGGACAACACCAAAAAAGUGGCUUCUUAUGGGAGAGUUAUUGACCUUUUCCGGGCGGCCCAGCUACCUAGCGAAGUUGUCCUGCAGAUCACAGAGCUGUGUGGAGCCACUCGCCUGGGUCACUUCGGGCGCAGCCAAUUCUACAUUGCCCUGAAGCUCAUUGCCAUCGCCCAGUCCGGCCUGCCUCUCAGAGUUGAAAGUCUCAACUCAGUCAAGGACCUCCCACUACCCAGGUUUGUGGUUGGGAAGAACGAGGCAGAGGCGAGACAUGUGGCGCUGUAUCAAGACCCAGACAGCCAGGGUUUGUACCCUGCCUCUGCCACCGCAUUAAUACCUCGACCUCCAGGCAGGGGCCACCAAAACAAGAAGGUCCCCCCUUCAGCCAGCACCCAUCCUGUGCAUGAGACCAUUCAGCAGAUGGCCCCCAGCAUAGAAACACAGCAGACAGAACCAACAUCCCCUGUAGUCUCCCCUCACCAGUCCCCACCUACCUCCCCUCCUUCGUGGAGAAAACACAAGCGGCAGCCCAGUGGUGGAAAUGCAGACAGAACACCAGCGGCGCAACCUUCGGGAGCUGUGUGGACGCAGUUCCGGGAUCAACAAGCUGGUCCAGUGUCAGGUGAUGGGGUAUGGCCGUCAAACUCACCUCCUCUGCCAGGACAGGAAAGUUGGGUCAGUUUCACAGCUGACACGCCACCAUCCAGCACAAUCCCGACAGUGCACCCCUCCUCAGUACAGGAAAGCACAACGGUACGAACAGUGGCCUCAGCAGCAGCGACCAAUGAGCUCCAGCGACAGUCAAGCGGUUACGAUGAUCCAUGGAAGAUCACGGAUGAACAGAGACAGUAUUAUAUCAACCAGUUCAAAACCAUCCAGCCCGAUCUCACUGGAUUUAUACCUGGUUCAGCAGCGAAAGAGUUCUUCACCAAAUCCAAACUGCCCAUUUUAGAGUUGUCACACAUUUGGGAGCUUUCCGACUUUGACAAAGAUGGAGCGCUAACUCUUGAUGAAUUUUGUGCCGCUUUCCACCUGGUGGUAGCCAGGAAGAACGGCUAUGACCUUCCUGAGAAGCUGCCGGAGAGCUUGAUGCCAAAGCUGAUUGACCUAGAUGACUCAGCAGAAGUCCCAGAGCCGAGCGAUGACGUCAGUUUCUCGGCCUCCCCUGCAGAAGUGACGCCCAACAAAUCUCCUUCCAUGCCCUCGCUUAACCAGGCCUGGCCAGAGAUGAAUCAGAGCAAUGAGCAAUGGGAGACGUUUAGCGAGCGCUCCUCCAGCUCACAAACUCUGACCCAAUUUGACUCUAACAUUGCACCAGCUGACCCUGACACGGCUAUCGUCCACCCGGUUCCCAUCCGAAUGACCCCCAGUAAGAUCCACAUGCAGGAGAUGGAACUAAAGAGAACUGGCAGUGAACACAACCACCCAACCAGUCCACUGUUGGCCAAACCACCAGAAGUAUCUGAAGAAGCCAAAGUACCUGCUACCAUGAAGUUUGUACCCGCAAAUGCUGUAGGUGAUGGUUACAGCAGUUCGGACUCCUUUGCCUCAGACCAGGAGCCAACUGCAAGGCAAAGGUCUCAGUCGAGCGCAUCUCCCGAGGCUCUUAAAGUUGUGGCCCCGCCUCCCCCUCCGCCCCGCCCUCAUCCCUCACACUCCCGGUCCUCAUCUCUGGACAUGAACCGCACCUUCGCCGCGACAUCUGCCGCAGGACAGCAGGCGUCAACUGCCAUAGCUUUCCCGCCUGCAGUGCCUCCCCGACCGCUUCCCACACAGUCAUCAUUACCGCACGCGAGUCAGCGCACCGAGGCUGAGGGUGCCACGGGAGCAGGGACGACGCUCACAGCUACGUCUCCCCAGCAGAUUCCCCAGCAACCCAACUUUGCAGAUUUCAGUCAUUUUCAGGCCUUUGCGUCAUCUGAGCAGCCUUCCAGUCUGCCAGAGGCCGACAAGCACAGUGAUCCUGGACAGAGCGACAAGCCAUCUGAAGGAGCAGGUCCUUUGCGGACAGUCAAGAGUGACGGCCAGGCUGAUGAAAGACCCUCCACCGUCGUCAACACUACCAAGGGUUCAUCCGGCUCGUUUGCCCCUCCCCCUAAGCCUAUACGUCGUAGAUUGAAGUCUGAGGAUGAGUUGCGGCCUGAGGACGAGCAGCCUGGUCCACAGAAGUCAAAUGUCAUAGCCGCUGUUCUGGCUACUCAGCCGUCCAUUCCCAGGUCAGUAGGAAAGGAUAAAAAGGCAAUACAAGCGUCAAUUAGAAGAAACAAGGAGACCAAUACUGUGUUGGCACGACUAAACAGUGAACUGCAACAACAGCUGAAGGACCUGCUUGAAGAGAGGAUAUCGUUGGAGGUGCAGCUGGAGCAGCUCAGACCUUUCUCUCAUCUUUAAUCGACACCACUGAGGUGCUUGUAGUUUCUCCAAAGUAAAGGCUGUGUCCAUAAUGGGACCUUGCCCUGAACCCCCCGUUUACUUUCCCUGCCUCCCGUCCGCAGUGUGCACCGUGUUUACAAACCCACCCUUAACCGGUGGGAAGAACCGGCAGCACAGUGUGGACAUAUUGCGGGACAGGAAAAGACAUUUGGGCGGGGGCUGUAUUCUUCAAGGUGGCACUUUUCGAUGUCUAAAGAAAGAUGACCGACAACUUAAUGGAGAGGCAGUGUUGGACAUUUGGCUGUGGCUCUGAGUUCAGUCUGAAGACAACUGCUAGUGAAUGACUGUGUGUUUGUGUGUUUUUGUGUCGUGACCGGAGGAAAGCACCAGUGUUGUCAGUAACAAAACAAGACCACACCAAACUCUUAAGUCAAAUCCCUCUUUUUCUGGGAGUUACAUAACGUCCUGUAAAAAAUGCACAAAACUGGACACAUCUAACCACAAUCAAUAAAAACAAAAUAAUACCAGGUCCUUGCUUUUACCACUAAAGAGACGGUCUUGGUCUAAUUAGAGUUUAGUGUGGUUAAACAGUCUCUGCAAAAGAGACUAAGCAGAAAUGUUGUUUGAAGUGUGUGAGCUCUCCUGUAAGAAGUCGCCUUCCUUGUCAUUACCGCCACCGAAAGUGUGUGCGUGCGUGCGUGUGUGUGAGUGGCUUCCGACUAAUGCCAAAUGACUGAACUAUCACUCUGCUGUCUCACUUCUACUUGUUUCCCUUCAUACUUCCUUCCCCUGCUAUCCAACAGAACGAAAUCACCCUUUUCUUUUAAGCCUGAACGCAGGUUUACGCUCCAAUUUCCUUUUAUGGAAAGGAUGUUUUUAAGUGUGUUCCGGCUACAGGCGACAGCACUUAUGAAGGAAUGUGUUGCCGAUCGGCACACACGAACACACACACACACACACCUGCGCAGAUCCAGAGUUGAACUUUCCAAUCACGCGUCGGGACUGUGGUCACUAUGCAAGUACGGGGGCGAUACAUCUCCACAGCUGGGCUCUAAAAAGUAGCAACUGUAACCUUUUUUUUUUUUUGUCUUUGAUCUUCCAGAUACACAAUCUACUGUAUAUGCUUCAAGAGGGUAGCCGUUACACAUCAGUGUUUCUUUUCAUUCACACACUUGAUCCUAAAUCUGUGAUCUUAAAAACAGUCACCAGAACCGGAAUGACCCAACUGCACUUUGAACCUCUCUUUAAUUGUCUUUCUUUUAAACUUCUUGUCUGUCAAAAGUAAAAAAAAAUCCUUCAACAUGAACAACUUACCUGGAAAGAUUAAGGUCUUUGUGACAGCCCAAAACAGCCUCUCUGGUUCGGUUUGUACCUCAUUUUAUUUUUCCUGUCUGUUUGUGAAUGGCCUUACUCUUUACUCCUCUUCCUGCCUGGAGUUGAGGUUUCCAUGGUGACCGACAGACCACCUUCUUGUUGCAUCACGGCUCGCCUUCUUUUUGUGUCUUCUUCUGUUGAGGAUGAUUAUGUAUUCGGGUCUGUCUCUGUAUGUAUGUGUGAGUGUGUUACAAUGUUGCCAGGUCUGGAUGUAAUACCUGUUAGAAACCCACAUGGGCUGGAUUAGCGUUUUUUCGCUCCCAAAUGGCAAUCCAGGCAGAAGCAAUCCAAACAAACUGAAUUUUUGAUGGGAUUAUGAAUGCUUUUUUUGUGUUGAAUAUGACACACCAUUUUUUGGACUCGUGUAAAUUUGCAUUAAAUGCUGACUAACAGCGAAAUAAUAUUCUAUUUAAUUCCUUCUCUCUUGGCUGUGGGAUCCUAGAUGUUUAAACUGCAUGGAUGUACUGUAUCUCUGCAGAGUCGACUAGCAGCUGUGUGAUUUUUACACAAAAAUAAAACGGCACAAUAUUUUAACAA